AUGGAAAACUGGAGAAACAGGUUGAAUGAGAAUAUGGGUGUAAACAAAAUGGGGAAGACAAUCAAAAAGAAUUCAGCGCAGCAAACAAUCGAAUUCGGCCACAACGGCAGACAUCAUUACCCUCCGUCGAAAAUUCAUCACAUUCACAGAGAUGAUUUCAAGAGUUUUGUUAUGCAAGCUACUGGAAGAGAAUCAAACAGGCCAACUAGAACUCAAUCUCAGAUUUCUAGGUUGCAGCAAAACAGGCCUCCUCCAUUGGCCAAUGUGAGGCCAUUUGCUCAGUUUCCGAUGCAACCACCACCUCCUCGGGCGCCUUACAUUAACGGACUGGCUGUCCCUCCUUUGCAGCCGACGAUGAAUGGUCCUCCGCUGUUUGAUAAUUUGUGGAACACUUUCGUUGAGUCUCCGAUCACAGCUUUCAUGAGAAAGUUUCGAGACUCAGAGAACUACUACGGUGGUGGUGGCGGUGAUGCUUCGAGAGGUAAUCAAUUCCAGCAAUACCCUCCUCCUCAACAGAUGAUCAAUAAUGUUAAUGUUAAUGUUCAAUUUCAACCGCAGUAUUUCCCGAUUCAAACUCAAAUGGUUAACAAUGUUGAGCAAUAUAACCUAUCAUCUGCUACCAACCAAACCCUUCCUAUGAACCCUAGCAAUCAAUUUUUGAAUGGUUAUCCCCAGUCACAAACAAAUUACACUAUGUCACCAACUUCUGAAUUCUUAUUGACUUCACCAACACAAAAACCUAAUGUCCUAUCCCCUCAGCCUCCUUACAGGCCUCUGCUGUCAUCAAGCAUUUUCUCUUCGCCUUCAUCGCCAGACUUCCCUUUCCAACCAUAUCUUCAUAAUGAAUAG